CAUCACUUAUUGCGAGAAGUCAAGUUAUUUUCAAGCGAGAAUUGAAAGUUUCAAACAAUAUUCUCUACUAAUUAUACUUACUUAACUUUACAUGGAACUAAUAAUUUUUAAUCUGCGUUUUAGGCAAUUUGGACAAGUAUCUCCACACCGGUUAUGUAUAUUUUAUAUUGUUUUUGUAAUCCCACAUCUAUGAUUUUAUUUUUACAGUCCCGACCCAGCCUGGAGCAGGUGGUAGCUAUUGUAGACUUCAUGGAAAAACACCAAACUUUGGCUCUUGGGCUAUUGCGAGGACUAGAAGGGCGGGAGGAGAGCAAGAAGUUAUGGUUCCAGCUUACGCGGAUAGUCAAUGGUAUAACUGGACCUACUAGACCUAUGAAGUCAUGGAUUAAAUAUUGGGCAGACAAGAAAUCCACUGUAAGGAAUAAAGUUAUCUCAGGCGGAGGUGAUCCUAACAGCUUGUGUUCCAAUAUUGAGAAGAAGAUAUGGGACUUGUUUCUAGCAAGCGAUGGAGAGUCCCGCAGUUCAGUGAAGCAGGAGUCCCAUUUUGUAGAUGACAACUUUUUCAAUGAGGACAGUAUGGAGCCAAACCAUAUUGAGUCUGAACCAGUCCUAGCCUUUGAGGAGCCUAUGAUGGAUUAUGAGGAGCGCCAAGUAGCUGUCAUGGAGAAAUUAGUAAAAGUGAUGAGCGACCAAGCUGCGGCGAUGUCGCAAAUGGCGCACGCCACCCUAGUCAACUCGCAGGCCAUGGAGCGGUUAGCGGAAUCCUCGCAUAUACAGGCCCGAGCCCUCGAGCGGCUCGCAGCCACCUUCGAGAACAUAUCGGGCGCCACGCACGACAUCAGAGGCUCCAUCGUCGACAUCGACUCCACCAUGAAAAGGUUCUACUCCACGUCGCCCACGUAGCACAGGUAUUUGUGAGAUAGUGCGCCGAGGACUAUCAUACACUGGUCUAGUCAUAACGUAAUGAGUCCAUGUCCGCAGACAAAUAGCUAUACUCCGGCAAAGCCACUUUGUCAGUAAACAAGGCGCGAAAUAAAAUUUUUUUAUGGGAGGACGAUCCUUCGCGCCAUUUUUUAAAUUUGUCGCCUUCUACUGACGGAAAUGGCUUGCCAAACUAUAUAUGCGUGCAUGUAGUAUUGAUAGCUGUAUUGGAAUGGCGUCAUUGGUCUAGGGAUUGCAAACCGGAUUGAUUUUCAAUCCGGCCGGAUCCGGCCGGAUUUUGGCCAUAACCCGGCCGGAUCCGGCCGGACCGGAUCCGGUUUGGUAUAGUGAUAUUAAAGUUAAUUAAAUGGCAUAUUUUUCUAGUUUUUUGCAUAAUGCGUAUUCCUAAAUCUAUAAUUUAAGUUAAUAAAUAACUUCUUAACAAUAAAAUAGAACUUAGUAGUAAAAAGUGUGACACUGUCAAUAUCACUUUAAAACAAAAUAUGAAAUCGGUCAUUUAUUAUAUUUAACCAUUCACAAGUGCUCAAAUUUUCGUUUACAAUUGUAAAUUUGAUUAGUUUCCAAAGCCCGGUAAUGGGAUGUGGGGUGGGAAUUGGAACUCCCUGAAAGGACAAGUUUUCGUAACUGUUGUUUGAUUGAAUUCUUUGUUACGUUGACAUCCAUUCCAGUAAGAAAAUAAGAUAUUUUACUAUUAACCAAAAUUAUAUUAAAUUUGCCCUGAUUUUUUUCCGAGAAAGUAGGAGACUGUAUUAUUUAAAAAAAUUAACUUUUUCCUAAUUUACAGAUAAAGAUAGUUUAUUAUUCAAGUAGGCAUAUUACAAUGCGCUUAUGAAACAGAAAACUAUAUUGUUCAAAUUAUAGGGAAUGUAGCACGACACGACGAUCUCAUGCGAAAAUUAAUGGAGUGUAGGAUUGAAAUCCAUCGCGGAAAGAGACUCUAAGAAUAGUUACAUAGAUCAAAUAAAGAAUUGGCUAGACGUAGAGUACCAGGAGAUGAAGGAAAUUGCAUAAGAUUGGAUGAAAUUAUAAAUACAAAAUAUUCUCUCGUAAAUUUGAAUACAAAAUAACAAAUAUUUUUAUAUAUAUAUACUUAUAAAUAUCCGAGCAAAAUAUCUGAAAAAAAAAAACUGAGCAAACUAAAGAUUAUCAAUGUUAUCAUAUAUUCAUUCACACAUAUAACACAUAUUGAUUAGCCCAACUCUAGUCGGUUGAGUACCGCCGACUUAAUCCUGCUCAUUUGUUUACUUUUAAUCUCCUAUCACGACAUUAACCUUCUCUUUAGAAUAAAUUACAAAUGCCUUCCAUAGCAUCUCCAUUCUUUUAUUUUUCCUCCUAUAACAGUAGUUAUGUAAUCGUCAUAUCGUGCCACCAACAUGAAAGGCAACUUCUGUUCCCAGUCAUAGUCAUAUAUAUUUUUAUUUAACAAAAUUCAAACUUUUUCAUUCGUUUUACGCUCUGUUCAACUUCAUACCUCUCAUCCGUCGCCUCUUCCUUAUCUAAAACGCACAGUGCGUGCUGUAUUUAGGCGUUUUUUUUAUUUUACCGGAUCCGGUCCGGAUCCGGCGAUUUUUACCGGAUCCGGUAGCUAUUGAAAAGUGCCGGAUCCGGCCGGAUUACCGGAUCCGCCGGACCGGAUUGCAAUCCCUACAUUGGUCCUUUUAUUGAAUGCAUUGUUUAGCUUUAACGCCAUCACACUAGGAUCUUAAAAUCUUAAAAUAGGAUUCUGAAUAUCUACGGAUUCUGUUUUUUUUUUAAUUAAAAACUGAUCGGCGAUUGGCUCUAGUCACACCUGAUGGAAAGUAAAGACAGGGCCUAAGAUGGUGCUCACCGGUUCAGUAGUAGCCUAUUCACUCUUGCUUUAAAGAGACCGAGGUCAUAUUUAUCAGGGAAUACAGAUGGCGGGAGCGCAUUCCAUUCUUUAGCCGUCCGUACCAAAAAAGAGGAGGCAAACCGUUUAGUGCGAACAAAUGGAAUGUUUACCGCGAACGGGUGCAUUCGCUGGACGCCUGGAUGUCCGAUGAUGGAAAGGGGAAGGUGGGAUCAGAUCGUGCACUUCCUGUGCACACUCGCCGAAAUGUAUCCGAUAGAAUACCGAUAGCCUAGCGACUCGACGGCAAUGCUUAAGGCUCUGUAAUUUUGACUUGAUAGAUGGGUCAUCGCCAAAAAGUUUAUGAGCCCGGCGCUCUAUCGAGUCCACGGCCGCCUGCUGAUAUUUGGCGGAACCGUCCCAUAGGUGGCAGCAGUAUUCCAUGCUCGAGCGGACCAAUGCUUGGUAUAGGGAGAGAAGCUGAUUAUUCAGUCAUCCGAAUAUUUUCCGCCAUUUGACUCUGUCACAAGAAUUCUCAUUUCUCAUUCCUUUGGGUUGUUUUCCUAUGUCUAUAAUUUAUGCCAUUUUAACUGUGUGGAUUAUUUUCUAUGGGCACUUCAAUAUUUGUUUGAUCAUACACAACUCAAUCUUAAAUCAUAAACAAAAAUCUGAAAUCAUAGACGAUAAACAGAGUUCAUAGACAUUGAGAUUCUUAAUUGAGGUGCCGUGUGUGAUGGUCAUGGCCCUAAUCAAUAAUCUUUGGCAGUUUCGUAUUUACUUUGUAUGAAGUAGUUUCGUUUUCUGUAGUUUUACUUUAUUACGCAAAAAACGAAAUAAUAGACGUUCAAAUACAAAGGACCUGUCGAAUUCAUACAGGUUAAAUUUCGUCUUACUGGCAGCUUUAUACUAGAUAGCGCUGAUAUAUUGCGCCAUUUGAGUUGCGGUAUAUGCCCACCGCCAUUAACACGUAUUUAAUUUAUAAAGUGCUAGUAUGCUGUGACUAAAAUACGUUGGGCUUGCAGCGGGCUAAGCACGGUCGCAUUUUUAUGCCUGUCACAUUCUAACAAGUAUAAAAGUGCGAAUGUGACAGGCAUUGUUACAGGCGAUAAAAAUGCAACCAUGCUGCCAUCGCUGGUUUAAGUAAGUUUAAUUUAAGUUCUACCUAAAUUAUACGUCUCGCGUCGAAUGUUGGGCCUUAUGACAGGAAUGAUAUAUAUAUAUAUAUAUAUACACGUUGCUUGCUCACGAGGAACCCGAAAGAUUUUAACCACGUACUUCUGAGGCCAAAAAAAGGAAAAAAUGUUAUAUGAGUUUCACUAAAUUUCGACAAAAAAAAAAAAAAAAAUCUGUUCUUUUUUUUUUUUAAAAUUUUAAGCGUAUUUGUACAUAAAAAGUUAAUGUUAUGGUAAAACUGGCACUGAAAAUAUUUUUUUACGAUUUUUUUUGUAAAAACUAGUUCUUGCAAAGGUUACUUGUCACUUUUUGACAUCUAUCAAUAAGGAUAUUUAGACUACGCCCCAUAAUGGCAUCAUCGCGAUCAAAAAGGCGUUUUGCACUAAGUUACGAUAAGAAGAUGUUUUUUUUUACAUUGGUAUUAACCCAGAAAAGUUUAUAUGACAUUUUAGUCUCUAAAUGUGAUCAGUAAUACACUGUCAAAAUCUUUUGGGUUCCUCAUGAGCACCGUGUAUAGUAUAUAUAUUAAAAAAUCGGGUUGCACUCCGGAAGUGCCGGCAGAAGUGAAAACUUGAAUAAUAACUUUGUGCAUUUUUGAUAUUUUGGAGAAAUUGAGUAGCAGUUUUAUAAAAAGAGAUAAUUCUCUAUUAUACGUACGUAAAUAAAUUUGAGUGUGGAGGAUAUUUUGAAAUGCGAAUUUUAGUGUUAUUCAUGAGACGUGAGCAGGUCUACAGCCUACACAAUCAGUAAAUGUUAAUGAAUCGUUCACCAUCAUAUUAAAUAAAACAAUCACGCUUCGUUUUUGUUAUUUAACUUUUUGGUAAGGAAAAAUUUGAGUAUCUACAAUCAUGGACACCCAACAACACAAUUAACAAAGAUUAAACCUCUUUAACCGUUAUGACAGCACAUUGAUUAUGAAGAAAAUAAAAUGUCACACUUGAAUGAGAUACGAUUUUUCAAAAGUACCCAGGCUUCGGUGACAUUCAAUUUGCCGUCAAAGUGUCCGUCUUACGAAUUUUGAAUCUGACGGUCACGUGACCCCUGACGCGAGUUUGUAAUUUCUUCCCCAUCACAAAGUGCACAGCGCCCGCUAAAGAAGUUUUCACUUCAAUAAUAUGUAGAAAUGUAACAUUAAAGUAAUACAUAAUAUGUUUUUGGCAAAAAAAAAAAAUGGUAUAAGCUUUUAUCGCUGACUGUACUUUUCUUUCCUCAGGUAACUUAUAGUACUCAUCGAGACAAUUCUAACAACCCCAAACACAAUUAGCGUUGUUUGAUCACAGAAUUUCUAUGGCCACCUGUUGUCUCCAUCAUCAGAUCAGCUCCAUGUUAUCAUAAUAUUGCAUUGUCAACCGAUUUACAAUAUAUAUGUAGGCAAAAUUUCAGCUCAAUCGAAAAUCGGGAAGAAGGUCGAAUUUAGCUUCCAAGAUUUAGCCCACACUUACAUACAUACUAACAGGGCAAGUUAAAUGUAAGCUUGAAAAUACGUCAAUAAUAUUUGUUCAAUAUUUUUUUCAAUUAAAAUAGCCAAAAUUCAGCCCAAUUAAAAUAGACUUGAAGGAACUGUCAUUGGGAUACUCAUUCGACGCGACAGGUAUAAAAUAGUGAAUAUACUGUGAUAGGCCAGUUGUAUAGGUUAGCAUUCUAAGUAGGUAUAUGCGUAUAAUUAUGUAUUGCUUUGUGGUUAAAUAAGAUAUUCGCGUUGAGCAUUCAAAAUAUAUUGUGUCACAAUUGAAGUUGCAUCGAAACUAUUUUAAAUUAGUAAGUAUAUAUUAUUAAAAAAAUAAAAUAACUCAUUAUUAUUUAGCAACAUAUUGAUUUACAAUAGAAUAGUAUUUUUUUUUCAUUAAUUUCACAAAAAAAUGGCCGUAUAAGGUUAGACCAAGCUAAGUUUGCAGCGAUUGUGAUACCCCAGACUAUGCAUGUGUUAUUUAAACAUCAAUCAUCAUAAUUUCUAGAAGUUUGACGUUUAAAAUAAAAUUUGCACAGUCUGGGGUAUCUAAAUCGCAGCCAACUUAGAUUGAUCUGACUAUACCUGAUUGUUCGUUUUUGACUAAAGCAGAAUUUAUUUCUUAAGUAUUUGUCGUUGUAUUUAUGUAUGGAUUUUAGCCCAAAUGUACACUCAUUCUGCAAGUAGCUAUAUAGUUAUUUUCUCUGCAUAAGUUAUCGUAAAAUUUCGUUUUGGGUUAAACUAGUUUUAUAAGUGCAUUGGUUAAAACUAGUUUUACCUGCUCUUGUCAGUGCAUCAGUGAAACCUAAAACUCAAAUAGAAAUUUUUUUCAACAGCUAAUUUUAGGUAAUAAUAGUACGUAUUGAUUAGUCAGUACAAAAACACAUUCAAUGACACAAAAAUAAUAAAAUAAAAAAAGGUCGGUUCUGGUUCGUUGUAAGUUUAAUUUAACACGCUCAGCCUCAUUUCGGUGAUCAUCGCACCCUAACCUUAGACCCUGGUAGGACACAGCGAAAAGAACUAGUUUUAACUGAAAUUGUUAUUUGAGCAUUAGUUAAUUCUUGUUUUCGUGUUUCGAAGGAAAACAUGUUUAACUGAAACGGGUAUUUAUGAUAACAUAUUCAUAUGUUAUGUCAUAGAGUCUGUUCGGAAAGAGAAGAGUCGUGGAAUGCAUUGGGCCCCAUACAUUCCACGACUCUUCUCUUUCCGCACAGACUCUAGUUGUAAUGUAAUAGCAACUUCGAUUUGUAAUGUAACUUAUUUAGUAUAACUUCCAUGUGGAUAAUCAUAUUAUGUUGCCAAAAUUUAAAAUAUAUUUAGCUGUAUAUUGUACUAUAGUGUAAAUAGUGAAAUUUAUUAAAUGAAAACAAUUUUUUACUCA